GGGGCGGGGCCGGGCAGUGCCGCGGUGCGCAGGCGCCGCCGUCGGUGGGUCCGGGUUCGGCUGCUUGAGAGAUCCUGAGACACCCCCGCCCCCCAGGCUUUGUCUCUUCCCAUCUCAAGAUGGACAACAAGAAGCGCCUGGCCUAUGCCAUCAUCCGCUUCCUGCAUGACCAGCUCCGGCACGGGGGGCUUUCACCCGAUGCCCAGGAAAGCUUGGAAGUUGCAAUCCAGUGCCUGGAGACCGCUUUCGGGGUGACGGUGGAGGAUAGCGACCUCGCGCUCCCUCAGACUCUCUCAGAGAUAUUUGAAGCAGCUGCCUCAGGCAAGGAAGUGCCGCAGGAUCUGAGGAGCCCCCAGCAAACCCCACCCUCAGAGGAGGACUCCGCCGAGGCAGAGCGCCUCAAAACUGAAGGAAACGAACAGAUGAAAGUAGAAAACUUUGAGGCCGCCGUGCACUUCUACGGGAAAGCCAUCGAGCUGAACCCCUCCAACGCCGUCUACUUCUGUAACAGAGCUGCAGCCUAUAGCAAACUGGGCAACUACGCAGGCGCCGUACAGGACUGUGAGCGAGCCAUCUGCAUAGACCCGUCCUAUAGCAAGGCCUACGGCAGGAUGGGCCUGGCGCUGUCCAGCCUGAACAAGCACACAGAGGCCGUGGCCUACUAUAGGAAGGCCUUGGAGCUGGACCCCGACAAUGAGACCUACAAGUCCAACCUCAAGGUCGCAGAGCUGAGGCUGAGAGAGGCGCCCAGCCCUACGGGAGGUGUCGGCAGCUUUGACAUCGCAGGCCUGCUGAACAACCCGAGCUUUAUGAGCAUGGCAUCAAACCUAAUGAAUAAUCCCCAGGUUCAACAGCUCAUGUCCGGCAUGAUUUCGGGUGGCCACAACCCCCUGGCGACUCCGGGCACCAGUCCCUCGCAGAACGACCUGGCCAGUCUCAUCCAGGCGGGCCAGCAGUUCGCUCAGCAGAUGCAGCAGCAGAACCCAGAGUUGAUAGAACAGCUACGAAGUCAGAUCCGCAGUCGGACCCCCAGUGCCAGCAACGAUGACCAGCAGGAGUGAUGGCCUCUGUCCCAGUGCCAUUGGGUCCUGCGUGGCCGACCGGAAGCCUUCUUGCGUUCUGCCGUCUUCUCCCAUUGGACUGCCCACGAGAGAAAAAGAAAUUGGACCUGCAUGUUAAGACAGAUUUUUAUUAUUAUUUUUUUUUUUGCCUCCGCCCUUCUCUCCCUUUUUGUACUCUCAUGGCCCCCAGACCCCUCUCGAAACAGAGCCAGCAAGCUGUGAGUGCAGACCAGCAUCCAUCUCCCUCCAACACUCCCCCAAACCUAGUGACUAAAGUGUUUUCUAAAAUAUUCCCAGGGUGGGGUAGUCUUCUCACUGCUGUCGGAGAAGCAGCCUGUGAGGAUGCCGUGGCCCUGCUGCCCUUCCUGCAGCCCCGACCCCUUGGUCUGCCCUCAGGGGCCUCCCAGCCCUUCCUGAGUCGACUUUGGCCACCCCGGCUCUGACAAGCUCACUGCCAGCCACACCCGGCCCUAGGACCCGGGUUCAUGCAUGAGGAACUCAGUUGCAGGUUCCUAGACAACGGUUCCGUCGUCCGGCACCCAGCAGGGCCAGGGGAAUGUCCUGGGUGCACAGGACGGUUUUUCUUCCUGUUGCGUGUUUUGAUGGAUGCGUGUCUGAUCUACAUCCUCUUUUCCCAGUGCUCGAGACCGACAGACUGCAAGGGGCACCCUCAUGGCCCCAUCCCAGCCUAUCCCUGUGUCCCAGACACUGCCCUCUUGCCUCCAGGUGGUCCCACUGGCCCAGCACAUGGCAUCCUCAGCAGGCUCUCAUUCUGUUCGGGGGUGGCAGCUGCAGGGCCCUGGUGCCACCUGCCUUGGGAGAUUUCCAGGCAGCCAUGGAAGCAGCUUCUGGAGCAGGGGUGGGUCAGCCACUGUGGAUGUCCCCUGAGCCCUGGCCUGGGCGGGGGCAGGGUGGGGAGGAGAUGUCGCUAGCGUCACUGCACCCAUGCCCAUAUUGGCAGUGGGAUCACCUGAGGCUCCUGGUGGUGGGGGGGCGUCUGUGAGGUAGACCCAUUGCCGUGUGUCGUAGGUAACUCUAGGGAGACAGCCACCUGCGCUCUGCACGCGUCCAGCGAGAUAUGUCCUGAUUCUAGAGUGCUAGCCAUGGUGACAAGCAUAAUGUGUGGGGAAUAAAUAGACAUCGUGACCUCU